AUGCGAACUAUAGGAUGUAAACUUGCAGCACGUCAGCUGUUUUAUGGUAACUGCCUCUGUGCACAUCCUUACACUGCUGUACUUUGUGAAAAGGUGAAGUUAAUUUUGUGGAUAUAUGAUCCUGAAAGUGCAGAUGCUUCUGAAGUGAACCGCACUGCAAUUUUUCCAUUACAAAAUUCUCAGAUACUCAGAAGGCUGUUUUGGAAUUUGGGACAGGAACCUGUUGUUCAUACCUAUUUGGAAAAAGAAAAGUAUUAUUCUCAGGAGCAUCCAAAAUUAAGAUUAUGGACUGUUGAUGCACCUGGAAUCUCUGAUGACAUCAUAGCAGAAAUACAGGAAAAGCAAACAGUAUUUCAUGGAUGCUUUGUUCUCCUUUUCGUAAACAAGAAGCUAAUAAUUUUUUUAAAACUUGGAGCAGAACACAAGCUUCCUGAAAGUUAAAUAACUGGAAUACAUUCAUGUUGGUGUUCAUCUGUCUAUCCAGUGCAGAGUGGAAAACAAUGAAGUACUUUGGCAGCAUGGACACCUACUGAGUGUCCAUUAUAUCCAUUAUAUCUUGGAUAUAAUGAAACAUUUAAUAAAACAAGAGAUACAGAAAACUUAGUGAAGUUCUUAAAUUUUCUAGACACUGCUUCUUUAUCUAUAGAGGCUGUUAGCUAUGACUCAAUCCAAUCUGAAAUUACAUUGCUGCUGAUCUGCAGUGGCUGCAGCUUCUCCAUGCUUUUUUUGUGAGUGGCUGUUUAUAAUGAAGACAGACAAUUUUGGGGCUUAAGAAAUUUUUACUUACCUGUUCCUCGCCAGUCUGUUAUGAUGCUGAUAUACAUAAAUGCAGCAUUAUCAGCUGGGCUGCCAUGGGAUGAUGUAGCAUUUACUACACCUACAAAAACCCCACAGAUAAUGGAUAUUUUCAAGUACCUGGAUCAAAACUAUCAGAAGUGUGUCAUGGGAGCACUAUUGAGCAGAUUAUUCUUUGUGCCUUACUUUUGUGUUGGCUGCCCUCCAGGAAGACAUAUCAUUCUUGAGAGAUAUGAUGGUCAUUCAUACGUUAGAAAUGUUGAAGCAAAUUUUAUAUUAUGGGAGAUGAAAGGCAGAACUAACUAUGGCUACACUUCAUUCAUGAAAGAAAAUUAUAGAUCUUGUUUUGUGUUCCAUCAGAAGAGUACAAAUGAAGGAAUGCAUGAGCAGCAGCAGAUUUUAAAUAGCACUUCAAACAGUUAUAUUGUUUGGGCUACUAGUCAUAGUGCCAUUUAUGUGUUCAGAGUGAGGAUAUUAGAUUGAAACUACAGGUUAUUGUCUUUUUUUUAA